AAUUAAAUUGUUCUUCAGUUAGCUAGCAGUCAGGUUGUGCUAAUUAAAUAUAUAAGUGUCAAAUCAGAAAUCUUAACCUGUGUCUUCUACGUCUUGUGUGUUGUUCUUCAGCACUGAAAUUAGAGAAAAACUGAAAUAAAACAAUGGCUGACAAACCAGACAUCAGUGAGAUCUCUCAGUUUGACAAGACCAAGCUGAAGAAGACUGAGACAAAAGAGAAGAACACCCUUCCCACCAAAGAGACUAUUGAACAGGAGAAACAAUGUGAGGCAUAAACUAUCUUCACCAAGGGCAAGAUGUGGAGAACUGUGAGAUGGCAGGUCACUUCUUUAAGCAGAAGAUGGCUUCUCCCAACCACCAGUCACUAUAACCUUAGGCUGGAGUGGGGUAUCUGUCCUCACAGUUUUAACUUGUGUAUCAGACCAUUCUGAAAGAUGACUGACUUCAUGAUAAUGAUCACUGUAGUAUGAUCAUGUGUCAGUGAAGAGGCAGUCAGCUUUGCAGUGAGGCUGUCUAACUCUUGAAGUUCUCUUUGUAAAUCCAUUGGAAUGAAAAUGAGUUUUAUUUGCCCUCAUCUUUGGUGAAAUAAACCUUUCAAAUGAA